AUGAUAUUUUCCAUUCGAUCAGUGCCAACUCCGUCUGUAUCACCUUUGAGAGAUUUCCAGAUUUUCAAACAAUCAAAAUUGAAGAUCGAUGGAGAAACUGUCGUUUAUUUGGGUAAGGAGACCGUAUUGAAGCUAUUUCAAUUAGCCCCGCUGAUUGCCUACACCAUUAAUAUGCUGAAAACUCAGGAGUUUAAUAAGUAUUUCAACACACUUGUCCAAGAUGUGCGAACCACCAACAUGGAUGUGCGAGACUUCGUGAUCCAACACAUCUCUGAUUUGCCGCAUUCGGAGAACAUCAGGACUGCUAUGGAACUGGCAUACCAACAUCCAAACUUGAAGGAAUUCAACAAGGCUCCAACGCUGAAAUUUUAUUCAGACUAUCCUAACUAUUCUGUAAAGUCAUUGUAA